AGAGAGGAGUCAAGGACGACAAACGGCUCGCCGCUGAUUGGCUUCCCGGGUCUCUAAUUACGUAAGAUGCCGCAUUAGGGGAUGGUCCUGACGAUGACAAAAGUUGUGGGACGUGCUUACAUCGUUAACCCGCCACCGCCGUCCUCCGCAUCCACCCCCAGCCUCUCGACGCUCUCUCUCUCGGACGUCGCAGCCAUGGCGUCCUCAGUCGCCCGUCUGCACCGCAUGCAAUGUUCCCUCGCAUCCUCCUUCGCGUCGUCUUCGUCGAGCCGCGCCAUGAUCUACCUCCCCAGCCACCGCCAUGCCAUGAUGUCCGCGCUCUCUCGUGACGGCCAACCGACAACAACAUCCCUAUCCUCCAAGCCGUUGGGCCAGACACCACCCGUGGUCAUUCCCUCGCAGAAGGCGGGAGAGCCCUCAGCAAAGGCGCUCUCGCCCGACGCUGCGUCGCCGCAAAUAGCAGCGCGACCUCCGCCGGCUCCGAAGGCUGAGCGGCGCAAGCCCACCAUCAAGGCAACAAAGGCUGCUAUCACACUUACACCGGGUGCGGUACAGCGACUCCGUGCACUGCUCAAGGGACCCACCCCUCAGCUUAUACGCAUUGGCGUGCGGAACAAGGGCUGUGCAGGACUGUCGUACCACCUCGAGUACGUCGACAAGCCGGAAAAGUUCGACGAGGUCGUGGAGCAGGACGGGGUCAGGGUCCUCAUCGACAGCAAGGCACUCUUCUCCAUCAUUGGCAGCGAGAUGGACUGGCACGAGGACGCGCUGAGCGCAAAGUUCGCAUUCAUGAACCCGAACAUCAAGGACGCAUGUGGGUGCGGAGAGUCAUUCAGCGUCGGGUCAUGAGCACGCGCCGCGAGUUGUACGCAUACACGUCCUCUACAUAUCCCCGGAUGCUUGUACACAUGAGCUAAUAUCCCCCGCCUCACCCUACAUCUGUAUCCAUAUAUCACACUCCGGUAAUAUACUAGAUGGUGUUCGGACUGACAUGCACCGUCUUGUCAUGAA